GCACCUGGCCUCACGAAGGCAGGAAGCAGCCCCAGGAGUGCGACACUGACCCUCGGCCUUUGCAGUCAGAUGUCAUCCAUCAGAGCGUGUUCGAGCUGAUCCACAAGGAAGACAGAGCCCUGUUCCAGAGCCAGUUGCUCUGGCCUCCAGGCACAGCACCCAUCGGCAGAGAGGGAGAGCACGACACCCACCCUAUGUCUGCAAAGAAGUUUCUUCCACUCAGCGGUGCCCCCACUGACAACCUGCAGCAUCUGCCUUUGGAAGACCCCGCCUAUCUUGAAAGAAGCUUUGUCUGUCGGUUCCGCUGCCUGCUGGACAAUUCUUCUGGGUUUCUGGAGUUGAAUUUCCAUGGCCAUCUUAAAUUCCUCCCUGGGCAGAACAAGAGGUCAGAAGACGGCAUCCUCGAGUCUCCUCAACUCACCCUGUUUGCUAUUGCAACGCCUCACCAACCACUUACUAUCCUGGAACUCCAAAGCAAAACAGUCCUAUUUCAAACAAAACACAAACUGGAUUUCACACCUGUAGCCUGUGAUUCCAGAGCAAAGGCGGUCCUGGGCUACACGGACAGCGAGCUCUGCAGGCAAGGAUCUGGCUACCAAUUCAUCCACGCAGCCGACGCCGCGUACUGCGCUGAGAAUCACGUGCGCAGUGAGUCCGGGAGGCGCUCUCGGCCCGCCCGCCCCGGGAGCCGGGGCCUCGCGGCGUCCACCGCCUCCGUCCACCGCCUCCGCGGCUCCGACCGCCGGCUGCCCCUCCCCGGGGCGGGCUCCCGGGUCUGGGGGGCGGGCAGGGGGCGCCGAGGCUCCCCUGAGCGCGCCGGUCUCUCCGCAGUGAUGAGGACCGGCGAGAGCGGGCUCACGGUGUUCCGGCUGCUCACCAAGCGGGCCGGCUGGCUGUGGGUGCAGUCCAACGCCCACCUGCUCUUCCGCGACGGCCGGCCCGACGGCAUCGUGGCGCGACAGCGGGCCCUGACGUAAGUGAGGGGCCGCCGUAAACGGGGCUUGUCGUAAACGGGGCCCCGACGGAAGAGAAGCUGGGAAAGCAGCGCCGGAUUAAGGGCCGCGAGGUAGGCGAGGGCGCUGCGGGAGGCGGGGGCCCAGCGCCCUGUGAGCGGAGCUCGGUCCUCCUUCUGCAGGGAGUCGGCCCCUCCGAGGUCCUCCGGACUCCGUGAGGCAGAGCGGGGUGGGGGUGUUUCUCCAGACCGUAGACGACAGGCUUCGUCCCCAUGGGCUCAGUUGCGCCACCUGUAGAGAGAGUAGGAGUGAUGCACAGGAACCAGCCCGGUAAGUAUGCCUUGCCCCCCAGUGGCUGGCAGAGUUGGGCGCGAAAACCUGCACGUGGCUUCGCCCGCCUCUCUGCUGAGCCGUUAAUCCAAGCGCGUCCAUGCGCUCUCUUUCCCUGAGGGAACCCCAGAGAGGGGGUUAUCUGCUUCUGCGCCUCGUGCGCUUCCUCACAUCCUUCUGGUUCACAGAUCCUUAUCCUCGGGCCUCCUAGACCAGUACCACAGUGGUUGCUCGCGAGGCGGCCCUGAAUACAAGUUGCAGAAAAUCCCAAGGCUCCAUUUGCCCAGAUUUCAAACUCUGAAUAUAGUCUUCCAUCCACUGUAUUCAAAAGAAGUAGCAGUGCUCCAUUGCACUCAGCAAAAAUCUAUUUACCUUUCUUCCACAAUGCAAUUCUUCAACCUGCCUUCUCCACUUCUUGUUCACCUGCUUCUGCUGUGACUCUGUGACACGUGGCUUUUGGGGGGGAAGAGUAUCAAAGCAAUCCCUCUGUAGGCUCUUCAGUGUGGCAGGCUGAUUACAGCCUCUAGCACACUUCCUGAGUAACAGAGCAGUGGCCCCUCAUUCAUGCCCACUCUGUUGUCAGCAUGUAAUGUGCAACAUAUUUGCAAACUGUGAUGUGCAUGCAAGAAGACUCCAAUUAUUGUUCAUUCUUUUUUAUGUUGCUAGCGUGUCUGACAAACAAAUGUUCUCUCCUAGCUUGUGGACCCGCAUGACUGGACCCCAUUUGGGUCUGUGGCAUGUGUGUAUGAGGUGGGUGGUCGGGAUUGGAAAUAUAGUGAAUGAUGAUUGAGCCCAAAUAAAUUAUCCAGUCCAGGUCUCAUUAGCACCAUAUUCUGAAGAGUGACCAGAGAUCCAGUAAUGCCAAGCUAUGCCACAUAUAACAAACUUUCCUGCCUUCUGAGCCUGCAACCUUGCUGAGUAAUACUCAGGGGAAAUUAAAGAACUGUGUCAAACAACUUGGAUUCUGAGCCCGAUUCCACUCUGGCCUCAGAAAAGUACCCCAUAAGUGUGCCUCAGUUUAUUGUCUUGCAAAAAUAAGAGGGCUUUAGUGUGUUUUUUCUGUGAGUCUUACCAGCUUUCUUUGGAUUCACGAUGCAAGAAGUUCAGGGACCAAUGGCAUCAUUGGCUAAUAUUUGUUUCACUGAAUGUGUUAGCAACACUUACCCAUUGUAGAAAGUGAAAAACAUUGCAAAAGUGAAAUAAAAAUCAGCUGUUAUCAAAUUUCCAUUUGUGGCUCAGUAGUUAAGAACCCACCAUAGUGUCUGUGAGGAUGUGGGUUCAAUACCUGGUCUCGCUCAGUGGGAUAAGGAUCCAGCAUUGCCACAGAGUAGAUCGCAGAUGCAGCUCAGAUCCAGUGUUGCUGUGGCUGUGAUGUAGGCCUACAAUUGCAGUUCCGAUUUGACCCCUGGCCUGGGUACUUCCAUAUGCUGCAGGUGCAGGCGUUAAAAAAAAAAA